AUGCUCGAGCUGAAAUUUCAAUCCGUUCAAAGUAUUUGGACAUCGAAAUGCGGCAUCUUCAACUUCAAUCGAAACAUUCACAUGGAGAAGAUACACAUUUCUGAUGAUGAUAGAAUUAUAUUUGCAAAAUUGACGAUACCCGCGGAACCAGACCUGUUGCCCAUCUAUGUGCUCAACAUCUAUGCGCCUGCGGAUUCAUCUCAGAACAGGGCCAUUUUUUACAACAGCCUUAUGAACUACAUCAAGUCUCUUGAUUCAUACGGUGACAUCUUGGAGCGAUUGAUUUUGGCGGGCGAUUUCAACUUUCAAUACGACCUUCGUUUGCCCAACAACGCACCCAACAAACGACCAGCAGCAUUUGUCUUGUUUACGGAUACCUUCCUUCAUGAUUGUAACAACAACUACAGUGACUCCCUCUUUGAAACUCUUCCAACCUUUCGACGGGGCAAGGUCAUUAAAACGCUUGACUACAUCAUGGUGGGCCGCCAGCUGAAGGAUCUCUACUUUGACAAUAACAUUGAGCACGUCUCUUCGGUGUGGACUGACCAUGCUUUACUGACCAUCAAACUGCGUCUUCAACUCAACAACGCGGACAAAGGGUUAUAG